UCAGGAAAUUUAAACUCUCUCUGUUCCCGCGCCCCGAGGAGCCAUGGCUGCAGCCAGCCCUGUAAAAAGCCUGCAGGAGGAAGCGACGUGUCCCCUCUGCCUGGAGUAUUUCACAGACCCGGUGGUCACAGCCUGUGGGCACAAUUUCUGCCGCGCCUGCCUCAGCCGGUGCUGGGAGGAACCCAACCCAGCCGCCUCCUGCCCGCAGUGCAGGGCCCCGGUGCAGCAGGGCCCCCUCCGGCCCAACAGGCCACUGGCAAACAUGGUAGAACUAGUCAGACAGCUGAGCCUGGAGGCAGGCGGAGGUGGGUUGUGUGAGGAGCAUCAGGAGGUGCUGAAGCUGUUCUGUGAGGAGGAUCAAGCCCUCAUCUGUGUGAUCUGCAGAGAGUCCCGGGCUCACCGCGCGCACACGGUGCUGCCCAUAGCGGAGGCUGCCCAGGAGUACAAGUCGCCCUGACAGACCCCACGUGAGAUCCAGGCUCUGCACAAAACCCAGCCAGGGACAAUCCCUGCCCUGAGUAGUUUACACUCUAGGUAGACAAAAUGUGGAGAGAGAAACUGAGGCACAAAGGCUCAUAAGUCACUCAGUAGGUCAGUGGCUCAAUUCAGCAUGGAACAUCAGUUUUUCCAGACCCCAUCCAUGCGCUUAACCACUAGGCCAUGUUGAUACCUCAGCUUUGGUACUGAAAUGUGUGAGUUAGGAGGGAAAGACGCCUUGCUACAGGCCCAGGCCCAGCAGGAAGAGGAGGUUUCCCACUGGGAUGCUGAACUCCUGGGCUGCUCCAGGAGGGGUUAAACUCAGAUGCUGCAGCCGGCACUA